AUGUACCGUAGCACAGUCAUCAGCAUUUGUAGGAUAAUUUUUCUUAUUCAAAAUACUGUGGUAAAGAAAGAAAGCAGUUUCACUUUCUUCUAUGAUGUCAAGAUUGCCUCUGAUUGUGUCAACCAAGAACAGUUAUUCUCAUAACUGAGUCAGAAUUUUGAUGAUAUUUUCAAAAUGACGACAUAAAUGAGUAAAAAAUAGGAAGAGAAAUCAGUCAUUCAGGGUUACAAGUUUUUCAUUUGCUAUUCAAUUACUUAUAUGAAAAAUCUGAAUUAAUAUCCUUCAAAUACAGAAAAUCAAAAAACUUGA